AUGUCCAGGCCUGCGGCUCUGCAGCACUGCAGGCUGUGCCUUUGGGCCGCGAGCCUAAAACUCUUGGAAUUCGCUGCGCCCGAGGCUCGGACCCAUGGCGCAGGCUAUGUCACCUCGCAAUCCCCCGCGGUUUCUCGCGGCCAUGAAGCUCGCUAUGCCACCUCUCGCCAGUUCGCAUUCACACCUCGCGGGCCUCACGGCAAUGGUGUGUUGCCGGUAGCCGCCUCGCCGAUCCGAUCCGACUCCAUCGAAAUUCCCGUUUUGACAGCCGUCGAAAGAUCCGCUCGGAGCCACCUUCCACCUUGGGCCAUGGCCGAGCCCUGGGCCUGGUCCUCGUCAGGGAGUGUAGCUUACAUUCCUACAUCCCUUUCGAUCGCCCUUCUCUGCCCUGCCCUGCUUGGAGAUGGUCAGCAUGAGCAAGGCCUUCGAUCUGAGACAUACCUUACCGCCGCCCCGCAGCUGGCGACCCUGAGUUGGAUCGACCCUCACAACCAGGCACGUGUCCGUCAUUGCGUCGUCGCCACCAGCGUCGUCGAGGCCAUCGCGCUAUCCCACUACCACUAUCCCUACCCGACCUUCGCCUCGACAUCCUCAUACCACCCUGCUGCGCACGUUCCGAACCCUAGCCCAGCAGCCAUCCCGAUCUUUUCAUAUACACAUCAGCAUCAGCUUCAUAAGUGCACAUUGCCGACGAUCAAUCUGCCGUGUCGCCGCCCGCCUUCAUCUUGCAGCCUCGGAUCGUCGAGUCGACAUCAACAACAACAAACACCACCUAGCCAGGCACGCCGAGAGCUGCGAACCAUCAACAACAUCACCGACAUCCAACAUGACGAGGCUCACCAAUUGAGUCGCGCAUCUAGCCUUCCUGCCAGUCUAGCCACCUAG